AUGGUAUAUGAUAAUAUCUCAAAACAGAACCAAAUUACAACUAAUAAUAAUAAGGAAAAGAAUUUUAUCUCACCCAUGGACAAUAGUAAUUUAUCAUUUGCACCAACUUCAGCACCAAUCGGCACUUCAACAGAUAAAGAUUUAGAGUUAGAAAAUAAUACCUUUAAUGCCAAAAAGAAAACAGUUGAUAAUGAUCAUAAAUUGACCAAGAAAGUAACUCAGAAGCCAGAAUAG